CUUGAUGUAAUUGGUGAUCAAUGAUGGCCAUGGGGGUGCCUGUGGAGCAAGUACUUCAUAUGAAUGGGGGUGUUGGAGAACGAAGCUACGCCAACAACUCUUCAGUAUCGAAAAAUGUGAUGAUGAGAGUGAAACCUCUACUUGAAGAAAGCAUCAACAAGAUGUUCUGCACCAAUCUUCCAACUUGUUUGAAAGUGGCAGAUUUAGGGUGUUCUUCUGGACCAAAUGCCCUUUUGGUGGCAUCUAACAUCAUUGACAUUGUGAAUGAAACAAGUCUCAGAUUGAAGGUUGAGCCGCCCACAUUCCAGUUUUUCCUGAACGAUCUAUUUGUAAAUGAUUUCAAUGCAAUCUUCAAGUCACUCCCAGAGUUCUACCACACUCUGAAACAGGACAGAAAGUGUUUGAUCAACGCAACGCCUGGCACUUUCUAUGGCAUCCUCUUCCCCUCCAAUUCCAUCCAUUUCUUCCAUUCCUCUUUCUCUCUCCAUUGGCUCUCUCAGGUUCCAAAUUUGUUGGGUGAGGAAGGAAAAAUAGCAGAUGUUGAUAAAGGAAAUAUAUACGUGACAAGCAUUAGUCCUCCAUCAAAUGCUAAACAGUUUAAAGAAGAUUUCACACUUUUCUUAAGAUCACGUUCUAAGGAAUUGGUGCCUGGCGGUGGUAUGUUUCUUACAUUCAUUGGCAGAUGUGAUACUUCGGAAAACAUAUCUGUUCCAGGACUCUUUCGUAUCAUACUCAAUGACAUGAUCUUAGAGAAUUUGAUUGAGGAAGCGAACUUGGAGCAUUUCAAUGUGCCAGUUUAUCAUGCUAGCGCUGAUGAAGUAAAGAAAAUAAUAAAGGAAGAAGGUUCUUUCAGUGUUGAAAGAUUCGAGUGCAUCAAAAUAAGUUGGGAUGGAUCAAGCCUAGAUGAUGAAGCAGCCUCCUGUGAAAGUGUAAAGAAUGAGAACGAGAGAGGGGAGAUUGUAGCCAAGAACAUAAGAGCUGUGUUUGAGCCUCUUUUGAAGGCACUUUUUGGAGAAGGAAUCAUUGAUGAAAUCUUCCUGAGGUUUCAGAAGAAGGCUGUCCAGUUUCUGCACCAAUUGGUGUAUCCUACUCUCGUCAUAUCUCUUUCUAAAAUUGCUUGAGUAUUUUUAAACCCCCUUGUAUGGUGUUCGGCACAAGGACAAGGACAUAUAUAAUAAAGUCCUGGCAAAUCUCUCAAGAAAUAUUGCAUUAUUGUUAUCUCGUUAUUUUUUAUGUGUCUGUGUGUCGUUCAUGUUCAAACCAAGAUAUAUAACGCUAAUCUUCACUGUACUUUUGCUCUCAGAGUUGUUCAUUUA